AUGACGGCCAAGGUGGGUAGAGUUUGCAAAAAUUUGCAGUUCACCCUGAAUUCUGAAGAACAACAUUUAGAAAAAGCCCAUGUUGGGCUAUUGGCAAAGAUAGAAUUAAUGAAUAAACAAAAACAAGAAAUUGUGAAACAAAAGGAAAAAUUCAUUGAGGGCAGAAAUUUGUUGAGGAAGCAAGUGAAACAAUUUGAAAACUUGAAAGCAUGCAUUGCCAAUAUAGAAGCCAAUGGAAAAAUGAAGAAAGGAAAAUCUGCCGUUGAUGAUGCUUCAGAUUUAAUACUGUCUAAAUUAGACAUUGCGGAAAUUGACAACCUUGAAAACAUCAGAAUUUCAGAUGAAGAAAGGUCUCAAUAUUCUAUAUCAAACGAAAUAUGGAAUUUGAUGAAAGUUAAAUGA